UCCACCACUCUCAGCCCUCGGCCCUGCAGCGGGCGCCCCGCAUGGCCAGCACCGCGCGGGCCACUUUCCCCGCGCGUAAGAACAGCCGCCUGGACGCGUUCCUGCGGAGGCAUCUGCCGCCCGAGGUCUACGACGCCAUCCGCGCCUACGAGCAGUGCAUCGUGGUGUCCGACACGGGGAAACACACCUUAAAGUACGUGCUGCUCAGUGACCGGCUCAUCUACCUGACCGAGAACCCGCUCCAGUCCAUCCGGCGAGUCGUGGCGCUCCGGAACAUCGCGGCCAUUGACCUGGUGAGGCGCGCGGGCGGGCUCGCGAGAACCCCCCCCUGCUUGGGGGGGUUCUUCAAAGAAGAGAAUAAUGGCCCUGCCUUUUGGAGAGGCAAAAAGCCUAAAAGUUUGAAUGAAUCCCUUUUCAGGUACCACCAAGAGAGCAGCACACCACCAUCCAAGGACUCAACUCUUGGCCCUCCUUCAGACCUCAAGAAGCUGUCCCUUCAUGGCCAAAGUGCCUGUCGACCCUUACCUACCCCCUCCAGGAGGAGCUGUCAGCCCACAUCAGCCACUAGCAAGGCUGUCGGUGUGCCAUUUUGCACCACAAACACAAAAGAACCCCAGGGACUUUCAGAUCACAAAGACUCUCUAAGUGAAAUCCCUUUCAAGUGCAGUGGGAACGGAAAUGAGUUUUACUUAGGAAAUUCCUCCCUGGCCUCCCCUUUACAGAGUAACCCAAACCUAGAGAAAAAGGAGUCAAAACUUCAUUAGUACAUUAUUUCCACAACUUCAUCAAUAUUUCUGCACUUAAAAAGUUCAUGGAACAAUUAUGUUAUAAAAGCUACUCUUUUACAAGAUCCCCUAUAUGUUAGUGAGCUCAUUCCUGCUACUGGAAGUCAAAAGCCAUAUAGGUAAGGAGAGAAAAUUAAGCACUUCAGUCAACUUAAAUCUGAACUUUUUCUUAAAGACAAUACUUUGAGGAAGAUACUUUGUUUAAUUACAGAACUUAAAGUAGCAGCCCCGAAAAACUUCAUUCUGAAAAGGCUUUUCUGGAAAACCAGUGACCUUUUUUAUUUCCUAGUAAACAAACUUCAUGAGUACUUGCCAGAGUCUAGUGAUAAGAAUGCACAUCAAAAUAAAAGCCAAAGUGUUGGUGAGCUGGUGGCAUGCAUUGAAAUUAUACAGACUCUGGGACUGAUGUUCAGAGAAACAGAAACUGAGGCAUCACCCCUGAACACAAUGGCAGCUAAGAAGGUAACACUAUUUAACCUCUUGGUAAUUUUAAUUAGCGAGCCUCAGAUUCCAAAAUCUUGUCCUGUGUUUGAUAUCCAGUUGGUGGCUGAUUCAGCUUUAGUUGAGAUGUCUUUUGAUGCUGAGUUACAGAAGCUUAUCCUGGAAUAUACAGAUACAGCUACAGCACUUUUAUAUGAGAUACUUCUUGUCUUUCAGCAGGGAAAUCUUGGAUUGGGGUCAUCAAAGUUUGCUAUUAGCUGGAUGAUGCCCUUUCUACAAAGUCGUCCUCCCAUAAUUACUUUUGUGGCCAGAAUUGUGAAACGAGUGGUGAAGGGGCUUUCAGCUUCAUUUCAGCUGCUAAGUCCUGGCCAAGCAGUUCUGUUAUACCAGCAGUUUUACAUCCUCAAGAGCUGCCUGCAGUACAGCAAGACUUUAGCUGAGUAUAUUAGGAAUGACUACAGAGAAGAAUUCAGGUACUUUAUUCACAUGCCAGCCUCGGAAAAAAGGCUCCCAUUAUGUUACCCUAUUACCCAACCUACCACUCAACUUUUUCAUGAAGUUCUGAAAUUGGUUGAACAGAAACAAUGUGUGAAAUGUUAAUAAGAGUGUAAAAUGUGAAUUGGGAGUCAACUUAAUAUUUAUGAGAAACAUUUUUUGAUUUAAUAUCCAGCUAUUCCUGUGUUCUAUAAACAAAGAUUUUAUUUGAAGGUUCCAUCAAUACCUCUCUAAGAGAAGUGUUUAA